GAAUCCGUAAUAAAUAAAGAAGAAAACUGAUCAAGCGAUCCGGCAACCACCAUCCGCCAUUGCGCGCGGAGUUAUACGGACGCCAUUUUGAUCGUGACGCGAAGUUCACUCGUCGUGGGCUCCACCAGUGACGAAGCCACUGGAGUUUUGACGUGGCUGCUACGUACUUGCCCGUUUGCCCACUCCGAUUGCAGCAAAGUUGGUGACGAGGAAUACGUAACUGCAUUUUAUUUUACAGCCUUAAAUAAGGGAUAGUUGAGUGUCUACAGUGUAUAAAGGGCUAGCGGUCCCCAGGCUAUGGAAAGUAUGGUUGAAGAAAACGGAUCAACCGUUGACCCGUUGUCGCAGGGAUCUCAGAGUGGAGAUGCUGCACCUGCGAUAGCAACAUCGGUACAAUCUUUGAGUAGAUCCCAGCACCAUCUGGUGGCUUCGACCAGCAUUGUGCAACUGACGCUUCCCUUAUCAGGGACAACGCAGGUACAAUCUGUGAUACAACCAAACCAGCAGUCGGUUAUUCAGACUGCUACAAACAUACAGCCUGUUGCUCUGUCGAAGGCAAACGUCAUUCUCGUCAGUAAGCCCAAUUCAGUCAUACAAACGACGCAAGGCAGCCUACAAACUUUACAGGUUGUCGAAACUGGAAGUGAUGACAGCUUCUCGGACGAGGAAUCUCCAAAAAAGAGGAGGGAUAUUUUAACCAGAAGACCAUCUUAUAGAAAAAUCCUCAACGAUUUAGGCGGAGGUGAGAUUGCAGAGGGUCGAUUGCCCCCCCUCGAGUCCUCCUCGGAGUGUGACUCCAACGUGGACAGCGAAGUGUCUUCGCACUCGCUUCACUAUCAGACAGUAAUACCUGCAGGGACUAUUCAAAUUGCGACCCAAGGGGAGGGUGUUCCAGGGCUUCACACGCUAACUAUGAGCAAUGCGGCGACAGCGGGCGGAGCCAUAGUUCAGUAUGCACAGGGCCAGGACGCGCAAUUCUUUGUCCCAGCUUACACAGGCCAUGGGGUUGUGGUCGAAGAUGCUGCCAGAAAAAGGGAACUCAGGCUUCUGAAGAAUAGGGAGGCAGCGCGCGAAUGCAGGCGGAAAAAGAAGGAGUACAUAAAGUGUUUAGAAAAUCGGGUCGCUGUGUUGGAGAACAGAAACCAAACAUUGAUUGACGAAUUGAAAUCAUUGAAAGAACUUUACCAGCAAAAAACUGACUGAGGUUUGUACCUGGUGCUGGUGUAUUGUAACAAAUCCACAAUAACGAUUGUGUGCGUUCACGCCGCCCUCUGAUACGUUUUCAGUAACGUACAAUCGGGAGGCCAGCGGUGGCGAUGUACAUAAAUUCGUAUAGAUAAGUGUUCUGUAACAUAUUGUAUUUAUGUACUACUACUACAACUACUACUACUACUACUACUAUUACUACUAUUAUUACCAUUACUACACUACGAGGGAGUAGGAGAGAAGGAUAAAAGAGGAAUGAAGUGAAGGCUUGUGAAACUUGCUCUUACUAAAGCGAGAAGCCAAAGGUUUGCAAAUUUACGCAAACAAAUAUUCAUGUAAGCAACACGUUCAAAAGAUGACCCUAUUUUUUGUAUAAACAUAACAUAGUAAUAUCAAAUGUCAAGUAAAAUUUUAUCAUCCUAACUGUUCGUGGCAUUAACAUACGUUAGCUUCGAGACUGUUAUGCACGGACGAUAUUAGGUAGGCAGAUUAGAAUUUUGAGGUACACGAUCUAGUGACAUUGAGAAGGUUUAAAAACUUCAAACACACAGAUACUGACAACAUCUUUUCAUGUUGUAUUAAUUGAAAAUUUUAUUAUAAAUUGUCCAAUCACGCCGCUGCUGUGCAAUAACACUUUUACUAUUGUUUGAUAUUUGUUAAUUGUUUUACUGCUCGAUGUAAGAGAUAUGAAUAUUAACUCUUGGAUUAUGGAAGUAACGCGUCGUAAUUUUAAUGUAUUUUUUUUUCUUUCUUUCUUUCUGUUUUCUUUUCUAUCUUUUAUAAGUACAUUCAUAGUUUUAGAUUUGCAUAAAAUGCGGAGGACUAAAAAUUUCGAAGUGAAAUUUAUAUUCUGAACAUUGGCCUGAAAAAUUUUAGCACUCUUGCUACCGAUAAUAUGAAGCAGGAGUCUACAGUGCUCAUUUUGAAAUUGAAUGAACUUUAUUAUUUAACUGCACGAAUCAAUUUAAAAUCAUCGGUAUGUGUAUAAAAUAUCUGAGAGAAUCGAGAGUCCUCGAUAAACAUUGACCGUUUGUCACAUUUUUUCAAGACAGUAUAAGAUACUUUAUUGAAUAAAGAAAAGAAAUUCCAAUGUCAAUGCACUAGCGAACCUUCUGUAUUUUGUUAAACUGUUUCUGCCAGAUCAGUUAAGAUGGCACAUUUUUUAAGCACAGGCAAUAUAUUAAAUUUUGUUAAAAAAAAAGAAAAAAAAAAAAACAGCCAUCACAAGUAAAACAGACGAAAAUGCCACGAAAUGCUUGUUUUUUUUCUUUUUCUCUUUUAAUAAUAAUUUUAAGAAUUGAAUAGCCUCAAAAUGCUCCGAGCUGGCCACCACACCCUUGUAUAUUAUAGAUGUAAUAUAAAUUUGGAGUGCCUUGCAAAUUACAGUAUAUGCAUAUAUAUGUAUAUACAUACAUACACACAUACAUAUAUAUAUAUAUAUAUAUAUAUAUAUAUAUAUAUAUAUAAAAAUAAUAGUAAUUAAAUGAUUAUAUAUGACGUAGAUAUGGGUCGAGAUGAUAUUUACAAAGUUAUUUAUCGCAGUACAACCGAUAGCAUUAUUUCCACGUAAUGAAAUCAUUUUUAUCUUAUUCUAUUUCCUUAAAUUCUGUCAGGUUCAUGCAUAUUCAUUCGGCUUUUGAAUUAUCAACUGCUACGUAAAAUGAUCGAGUUUAACUGGAGUAACGAACUACAUAUUAUGCAGACAGAAAGCAAGUCACGAGUUGUUGU